AUGGAGUGCCUGAAGAACAGCUUUGUGGAGGGUCAGCUCCUUGAUGGGCGCUUUCGAACCGUCGCCCCUCUGAACCAUGGUUCAUUUGGCAUGGUCUUCCUUGCUACCGACAACAAGACCGGCCAGGACGUUGCUAUCAAGUGCCUGACCAAGGGUGGUGCCUCGCCGUAUGAUGCUCGUUUCGAAGAGCUCGACUGCCACCGACGCCUUGCCUACCACCCCAACAUCGUCAACCUCAUCCAUUCGUUCGAAACAGAUGCUCACAUGUACCUCGUUUUGGAGUACUGUUCCAACGGCGAUCUGUAUGAGGCCAUCAGGCUCAACCGUGGCCCCUUGGAGACGGAGCACGUGCGUGAUUUCAUGUUGCAGCUGGUCAGCGCUGUCGAGUUCAUGCACGCCAAUGGCAUGUACCACCGUGAUAUCAAGCCAGAGAACAUCUUCUUGAUGCAGGAUGGAUCCAUGAAGCUGGGUGACUUGGGUUUGGCGACCCGGGAUACCUGGAGUCAUGAGGCAUGCGUUGGAAGUGACCGCUACAUGGCUCCGGAGCAGUACGACCCUUCGAGCUCUGGCUACUCUCCUGCCAAGGCCGAUAUCUGGGCGGUUGGUAUUUGCCUGCUCAACGUUCUCUUCGCGCGGAACCCCUUCGCUACCCCCACCGAAUCCGAUAUCCUCUUCGCGGACUAUGUCCGCGACCGCCAAUCACUCUUCGACAUUUUCCCCAACAUGUCCCAGGAUACCUUUGAGAUCCUGAGAUUUGCUUUGGCUAUCGACCCCGAGAAGCGUUCCCUUUCUGGUAUCCGUGAUUCCAUUAUGCGGACUGUCUCCUUCACUACCGAUGACGAAGCAUUGGAUGAGUUCUGCACCGAUGACCGCGAGGUCGUUCCCGCAAGUGCCAACCGCGAGCCUCUCCGAACACCUUCCAUCCAGAGCCCGCACAUCAACCAGGGCGAUUCUUUCCCAUGGGCCAAAGCCCUCCAGGCCAGCCCCCCUCAGCAGAUUCGGCAGCUGUCGGCCAUUCCCGACAACGAGAGCUACUCGGAGGAUCUCUUCCCUCCUUCGGAGACUGCUGGCACAUCGUGGUUCUCCGUUCACCAGGGCACUCCCUCCAUGGCAUCUGUUCUGGAAUCUGCUCUUGGAGAUUCGUUCCGGCCGACUGCUUUCCGCAAGAAUGAGCUGCGUUUCCCCCCACCGUCGGAUCCGGUGCCCAUCACCGGAUCACUUCCCACCACCAAACCUUUGCCUUCUCUUUCCAUGGUCUUUGGUAAGAAGAAGGACGAGCAGAUCUCCAAGAGCUGGAGUGAUCUGUGGGAUGAGGAGGAGGAAUCCGAGACCGAAGACCUGGCUUUCCAGCAGCGGCGCGAGCAGAACUCCCGUAGCUGGAGCCACGAAAGCAGCAGCCCUGUCGAGGGCAACGUUCCUGAGCUCUGCGGCCCGCUGACGGGCCUUCGGGAUUCUGUGACUCCUUCUAUGCUCAACGUUCGCGCUCAGCAACCCAAGCCUUCGGUGCCAUCCGAUGAGACCCCCGGGAAGUCUUGGAAUAUUCCUACGGCCCCCACUGGCCUCAAGACUCCCCCUCGCACUCCGGACAGUCCCCCGAAGAACUCCAACAUGGACAAAUGGGCUGCCCUGGGUGACCGGAGGAGGAACUACAAGUCUCCUGAGGCUUCACUUGGACGCAAGAAGUUCCCUCUCAACAUGAGUUGGAGGAAGGACUGGGGCUUGGGAUCUUCCGGCUUCGACUAUGGCUCUUGGGCCGCCAAGAAGGAGGAGUCUUCCUUCCACGAUCGCCGCCGACGCCCCUUCCAGGAGAAGGGACGGCGUCGCGAUGCCUGGGAGUCACCGAAGGCUGCCAACGUGAAGGUUCCUCAUCACUACGAUGGCAGUAUCGAUGAGGAUCUCGACCUUGUUGGUGGCUGGCAUGAUCUCCACCUUUAA